CUCGUUUCUUGCUCCUGAACUCUGUUCUUGCUCCUGAACUCUGUUCUUGCUCCUGAACUCUGUUCUUGCUCCUGAACUCUGUUCUUGCUCCUGAACUCUGUUCUUGCUCCUGAACUCUGUUCUUGCUCCUGAACUCUGUUCUUGCUCCUGAACUGGUUUCUUUGGAUUUGCCUUUAAGAGAACUACGAUUGAUUUGAAUCAACAUGAUCCCAACACACGUGGGCUUUCUCGGCGCUGCCUCCUACGAGUCCGUCAGCUGCGUCACUGCAAACGUUCAAGCCUUCGUGACGGAUCUGAGUCACGAGGACUUGGACGUUGAGGAGAACCUGCAGGAAAUGGUUGAGCUCAUUUUCAAGAGGGCCGUGAAGAAACCAGACUCUGCUGCAGUCUUCGCGGAGCUGUGUCGACACCUCUCAGAAGUGGAGUUCCAGUCCUUGUCUGACUGGUCAGUCAGCGUCUCCUUCAGGUCGCUGCUGGUUAAACACUGCCAGGCAGAGUUCAUGAAGAACUUGGACAAGGAGGGCAUUCAUCAAGAGAGUUGGUCCUGCCUGAAGCCAGUCCAGGACGUGAGGGUCACCGACCGGCUGAGGGAAGAGCAACAGAACACCAAACCUUCCGGUCGCUUCCUCAAUAUGCUGAGGUUUAUUGGGGAGCUGUUCCUCUCCAAGGUGCUGGCAGAGAAAUCCAUGCACUGCUGCAUCAGGAGGCUGUUGCAGAAAGGAGACGGGCCGUCUCUUGAGGGCCUCUGUCAGCUCCUCCAGAUGAUCCAGCAGGACCUGGAGGUGGUGACGGAAAAGGAAUUGAUGGACACCUACUAUAACCAGCUGAACUAUAUGGCAGAGAAAGGGAAGAGGGCACCAAGGCUCUCCCUUUUGUUGAGGGAAACAGUGGAUGCCAGGAAGACGGCAUACUCAACCCCCCACUAA